GAUUUGUCUUUUCUCUUGUGACAAAUUCUUAAACUCGCGAGAAUUAUUAUUUUGUUGGAAAACAUGUUAAAAAUGACAUCGAUAUUACUUCUUAAUUCGCUGAAUAACGUUACGGCAAAGGGGUUUAAAUGUGGCAACUCAUCUCUUGCUGCGAUGUUUUGGGGAGAGUUUCCAGGCAUUCUGGGCGGGUUUUCAGAAGACAUUUUAGUACAAUUGUAGCUUGACCUGGCAACCCUGUCUACCAGUCAGUCGUGGGGGAAAAGAGGAAAGUGAAAAUACCUGAAUGUAUAUUUGGGGAUAAGUAGCCAUACGCUGUUUUUGGGGCGGGGGUCGAAAGCGUCUUUUUCUGUGUGGAUAUAUAUAGUGAACAUGUUUGUAAAUAAUUCACCAUUGAAGUAAAGGGGGAAUACAAUAUAUAUUGCUAGGGUGAGGUUUCAUGGUUCCGAAACAAAAGUCGGUAAGAGACUAUAUUCUCACUCGGGUUUCAUUCCAGACCGAAACUGCAGGGAAGUUUAGAGAGGACCCCUGGCGUGAUCGGGCCUAUUGUUAUUUUCACCCAGGCCACGUAGCUACGUGGUUCGAAGAGUUGAAUCCUGAGUCCCAACAAUUUGGGAGAAAUUAGCCAACCCUCAUCCCGACGACAUGGGAACGACACGCUGAGAGGACACGUGUGGCUUCAAGCUCUGUGAGAAAUUUCGCCGAAGGGCCUGUCCACUUCAACCCGCCCCCCCCAUCCUACUCAUAAGAUUAUCUUUUCACACCCCCUGUCUAGUCUGUCUCCUCUUCUUCCUACCCUCCUUUUUCUAGUCCAUUGUUUCCCUGAUUCCAUCUGUCUGGUGGGCUCUUCUCCCUGUCCUCUGGCCUCCAGGAUAGAUUCUCUCAGGAGUAAGGUUGAGCUGCUGAAGCUGCCUCUGGCCUUGCCCACCAAGUCCAUCUCCGAGCUCAAGAGCCAGCUGGGCAGAGUCUAGGAACGAGGCACGGGGGCGGGGGGAGAGGGGCCUGUCAACCCUGUCCACCGACCCGAGACAUGGACAACGAGUCACAGUACUCGGGCUACUCCUACAAGUCGUCCCACUCUCGCAGUUCCCGCAAGCACAGGGAUCGGCGGGAUAGACAUCGCUCCAAGAGCAGAGACGGCAGCAGCCGUGGGGACAAGUCUGUCACCAUCCAGGCCCCCGGGGAGUCGCUAUUAGACGCAGAGUCGACCCGGGGCGAUGACCGGGAUGACAACUGGGGCGAGACCACCACCGUGGUCACAGGCACAUCAGAACACAGCGUGUCCAACGAGGACCUGACGCGCGUCUCCAAGGAGCUGGAGGAAUCGUCCCCCCUGGAAUGCAAGCGCUUCCUGGGGCCCGUGCUGGGCGGCUGCCUGGGCCUGUUCGCUCUGUUCACCCCCCUGGCCUUCCUUGUCCUCCCCCAGCUGCUGUGGCGUGAGGCCCUGGAGCCCUGCGGCACGCCCUGCGAGGGUCUCUACGUCUCCCUGGCCUUCAAGCUCCUGGUGCUCCUCAUCUCCUCCUGGGCGCUGUUCCUGCACCCGCCGCGCGCCACCCUGCCUCGCUUCUUCGUCUUCCGCUGCCUGCUCAUGGUGCUGGUGUUCCUGUUCGUGGCGUCCUAUUGGCUGUUCUACGGCGUGCGCGUGCUGGAGCCCCGGGAGAGGGACUACAGAGGCAUCGUGGAGUAUGCUGCAUCACUGGUGGACGCGCUGCUCUUCAUCCAGUACCUGGCCCUGGUGCUGCUGGAGGUCAGACACCUGCAGCCUGCCUUCUGCCUCAAGGUGGUGCGCACCACCGACGGGGCUAGUCGCUUCUACAACGUCGGCCACCUCAGUAUCCAGAGGGCAGCAGUGUGGGUGCUGGAUCAGUACUACAGGGACUUCCCAGUCUACAACCCUGCCCUGCUCAACCUGCCCAAGUCCAUCCUCUCCAAGAAGAUGUCUGGAUUCAAAGUCUACUCACUGGACGAGAACAGCACCAAUAACUCCACCAGUCAGUCCCGGGCCAUGAUCGCUGCUGCGGCCCGCAGGAGAGACAACUCCCACAACGAGUACUACUACGAGGAGGCCGAGAUGGACCGCAGGUGCCGCAAGCGCAAGGCCAGGUUGGUAGUGGCGGUGGAAGAGGCCUUCACCCACAUCAAGCGUCUCCAGGAUGAUGACCCCGCAGUCUCGUCCCACAAACACCCCCGUGAGGUGAUGGACCCCCGGGAGGCGGCUCAGGCCAUCUUCGCCCCCAUGGCGCGGGCCAUGCAGAAGUACCUGAGGACCACGCGCCAGCAGCCCUAUCACAGCAUGGAGAGCAUCCUCACACACCUGCAGUUCUGUAUCACCCACAACAUGACCCCCAAGGCAUUCCUGGAGCGUUACGUGAGCCCAGGCCCUACCAUGCAGUACCAGCGUGAGAAUGGCAGGGGGCGCCAGUGGACUCUAGUGAGCGAGGAGCCGGUAACCUCUGCCCUGCGUCAGGGUCUGGUCUUCUCUCUGCGCCGCCUCGACUUCUCCCUUGUCGUCACGGUGCAGCCCCUCCCCUUCCUGCGUAUCGGUGAGGAGUUUAUCGACCCCAAGAGCCACAAGUUUGUGAUGAGGCUGCAGUCGGAGACCUCGGUGUGAAGGGGGGGUCAGUGGAGGCCCCUGAUCCUACUGGGAUACGCAGGGUUCUAGAUCAUCAUGUACUCUACUAUUGAACCAUUGUCAUGGAUGUUAACAGAAUGGGAUGAAGCUAUGAUCUUCCAAAGACAGAAAAUGGAUGCCGUGACCAUGUUUUAUGACACUGUAAAAUUCCGUUACGGUGUUUCUUGUCUGUAGGCCAACUGUCUCCAUCAGUUUGCAAAGGAACUACAUUCCUGAGCUUGUAACUGAGACUCUGUGUGUUGUAGAGUCUUAUUCCAUGUAUAUGUGGCUCUCAUUUAAUUUUACACUGGCCUUUUUUUACACAAAAGUUAUCAUGAUUUGGUAACAUUGAAUGAGUAAAUCAUUCCUGCCUUUUGGGACAGCAUUCUUACAAUGUUUCUCAGACUGACUUUCCUGAAUAACCUGUUGUUCCAUGAAGCUGUUUUGAAUGGACUUGCCUUGUCUCUAUCCUGUGUCCACUGUCCUCCACUCAUCUCACUCUGACCAGGGACAUGUGAUUGUAUCCUCACUGCAAGUCGUCUGCUGUCAUAGCAAAUCACCAGAUUGUGCCACAUUUGUAAAACAUUAAAACAAGCACAGUAACAGCCUUA